UAUCGAUAUCAAAUAGCUAGACUAAUUGGAAGCAUUAUAUGAUUACCCUUGGCUUUUAAAAGUUUGAUACGGUGCUUAGAUCAAUGAUGGCUGGAACUAAAAUAUUUGCAAACAAUAUAUUUAAUAAUUAUCGGAUUAUAUGGACAAAAGACAAUCUAAGAAGAUUAUCAUGCAGCCUUAGUGUGAAUGACAAUUCUCUAGACGAUAUUGAGAAGAACAUUUUGCUAAGAAAACAUACAAACAAUGUACCGGCUAUAAAAUCUCUUCUGAAAGAUCUGCAAAAAAGUCCGAAUGAUGUCGAUAUAAAACGUCAGAUUGAAUUGGAACUUGGAAAGCUUCCCAAUUGUACACAUUCUCGAUUGGUUGAUUAUGGUGAAAAAGGACGUGAAGUAUAUAACAAUAACUUAACCCCUACCGAAGCUGAACCUUUUUCUGACGUAUGUAAGUAUUUAAAUGUUUUAAGAAUGGAGCAUUUGGGGCAUUUCGCCGGCCAUAAAAGCUAUUACCUAAUGGGUGAUCUUGCGCGUUUAGAGCAGUCUUUAGUACGAUAUACUAUGUCAUAUUUAAAGAAGAACGGUUUCAAAGUUAUAUCUGUCCCCGAUAUCUUACCAAGUAGCAUUAUAAAUGGGUGUGGAAUGCAAACGGAAGGGAACCGAACUCAAGUUUAUAAAAUUGACUCUGGGGAAUGUUUGUCUGGAACGUCCGAAAUGGCACUAGCUGGUUUAUUUUUUGAUCAAGUUAUUGAAGAACAAUGUUUACCACUAAAAGUUGCUGCUGUGAGUAGGUGUUACCGCGCAGAAACAUCGGGAUUAAAUGAGGAAAAAGGGAUUUACAGGGUACAUCAAUUCACCAAAGUCGAAAUGUUUACAGUAUGUUCGGAAAACCAAUCGGAAGCAGUGUUGGAAAGUUUCAGGGAUACUGAAAUGCGAUUAUUCAAACAAUUAAAUUUAAAAUUUCGUGUACUUGAUAUGCCACCAUGCGAAUUGGGAGCAUCAGCCUUCCAAAAAUACGAUAUUGAAGCUUGGAUGGCCGGGCGGCAAAUGUGGGGAGAAAUAUCCAGCUGCAGUAACUGUACAGACUAUCAAGCAAAACGGCUUAAUAUAAAGUAUGUGACGAAGGACGGAACAUUAAAAUAUGCGCACACAGUUAAUGGAACUGCUGCUGCUAUACCAAGACUACUAAUCGCACUGAUUGAGUCAAAUGAGAUUGAAAACGGGACAGUAUGCAUACCUGAAGAGCUUCAAAAUAUUUUGAAUAAUAAGUUGUUGACCCGCAAUAAAGUAGUGCCAUCCUUAAAACUUAUAAAGCAUUUUUAAAGUAGACAUUCGAUAUUGUAAAACUAACGAAAAAAUGUGUAUAUGUAAUAAAGAUAUUUGUUAUAAUUUAUUUGUUUUGUUAAUAAAAUUUAAUAUUAUCUCAAGA